CUCCAGCAACUGCCGAGAGUGGGAAACAUGAGAAGGGUCUGCCCAGAACCCAGAUGGCUCAGGGAGGCCCUGCCUGUGACCCAGGUGCCCAGACAGUGAGAACACAGCUGCUGUGCCCCAAAAAUGCUGCCGCAGACCAACCAUACCGGCUCUUUCAGCUUCUGCAGCUGACAAACCCAAACCAUCACGCAGCUCUCUGUAACAGCAUUUCCUGCUAUACAAAUGCCUGGCUCUGUUAAAAGAAAAUUGCCUUCCUCUCUAAAGAUGAAACUGUUGUUUAAGACUGAUUUCUGUGACCCUUUUGCCAAAUCCUGAAAGUGGUGUGGUAAAGUCAUGGAUGUGACCUCCCCAGCCCACAUCCUGGAUGUGGAGAUCUACUCAGGCACUGUGCAGCCAGCAGCCUCCAACAGUUCCCCAGAACUCAACCUGUCCCAGCUGUUGCUUGGCACUGCCCUGGUGAACCAAACGGGUGACCUCUCCGAGCACCAGCAGUAUGUCAUUGGCCUGUUCCUCUCUUGCCUUUAUACCAUCUUUCUUUUCCCCAUCGGCUUUGUGGGGAACAUUCUGAUACUGGUGGUAAACAUCAGCUUCCGUGAAAAGAUGACAAUCCCGGACCUGUACUUCAUCAAUCUGGCUGCAGCAGACCUCAUCCUGGUGGCUGACUCCCUGAUUGAGGUGUUCAACCUGGAUGAGCAGUACUAUGACAUCGCUGUGCUCUGCACCUUCAUGUCUCUCUUCCUGCAGAUCAACAUGUACAGUAGCGUCUUCUUCCUCACCUGGAUGAGCUUUGACAGGUACAUUGCGCUGGCCAAGGCCAUGCGCUCUAGCCUCUUCCGCACAAAGCACCGUGCUAGGCUGAGCUGUGGUCUCAUUUGGAUGGCCGCUGUCUCAGCCACCCUAGUACCCUUCACAGCUGUCCACCUGCAGCACACCGAGGAGGCCUGCUUCUGCUUUGCAGAUGUUAAGGAAGUGCAGUGGCUGGAGGUAACCCUAGGGUUCAUUGUCCCUUUUGCCAUCAUUGGACUCUGCUACUCCCUCAUUGUCCGGGUCCUCAUCAAGGCUCACAGGCACCGAGGUCUGCGUCCCCGGAGACAGAAGGCCCUCCGCAUGAUCUUUGCUGUGGUCCUGGUCUUUUUUAUCUGCUGGCUACCCGAGAAUGUAUUCAUCAGCGUCCACCUCCUGCAACGGACACAGCCAGGGGAUGCUCCCUGCAAACAGUCCUUCCAUCAUGCCUACCCCCUGACUGGCCACAUCGUCAACCUUGCAGCUUUCUCUAACAGCUGCCUGAACCCCCUCAUCUACAGCUUCCUUGGGGAGACCUUCAGAGACAAGCUGAGGCUGUACGUUGAGCAGAAGACAAACCUGCCAGCCUUGAACCGCUUCUGCCACGCAGCCUUGAAGGCAGUCAUCCCAGACAGCACUGAGCAGUCGGACACCAAGUUCAGCAGUGCUGUGUGAAAAGCCUUGCUGGAAAUAGUAUGCACUUUGGCAGGGUGGGCAGGAGGCAUGGCUGUGUCGCAUUCCCAUACCUCGGCGCUGCAGUGAGAGUCACACCUGCUGGGCAAACUCUGCUCUAGUCCUCCCCGGUCUUGUCCUGCUCACUGACUUGCAAGGGACUAAGCAGGUUGCAUGGCUCUGGCUGUCUCUGCACACACUGUUUCCCCAGUGAAAAAUGAUUCUGCUCUUGACCAACAACAGCCAAAAGGAAGAGGGUGAUCUCAGUGUGAGCACUUGGUUAAAAGUUAAAUCUGCAACUUAUCAGUGGCUCUAGGGGGAAAUAAAGUCUGGACACAGAAUAUGCCUGGUGAUCUACACUGGAUGUUUCCCAUACCUAUGAAUGUAAUCCAUUACACAUGUGGUAACUUGUACAUCCUAAGCUGAAGAGGAAAAGAAGGAAGUGUUCCUCUUGCACACACCUGAGCAUUCUUAUCUCUUUGAGUGCUGCAGCGCUGCUCCUAGCCAACCCUCAAAUAUCAGCCAGGAAACCCUGGAUGCUGGGCUGGGAAGGCCCUCAUUUAGCAGAAUGCCUGCCCAUCUGCCCACCUGCCUGGAGAUGCCCACUUCAUCGCUAUAUUGUUUACAACAGUCUCUGCAAUUCCCAGAGUAUGGGAUGAGACUGGAGCCAACAUGACAUACUCUGCAUGUACGGCUGAAGAAUUUGCCGCUACAAAUGUAACAGUGGGGACAGGGAUGAUGAUGAUAUAAACAGUUCUCAUUAAAAUGUACA